AUGGCCAGCAAGCGACUGCAGAUUUCUGAACUCUUGUGGUUUUUUUGCGAAAAUUUAAAUAUCAUCGAAAAUGAAAACAAAAAAGUUUAUAUGAAGCAACUUGAACAAGUUUUGUUAGCCAUAAAUAAUGAGAAAAAACUAGUUUAUUUAACCGGAGACCUGAAUAUAGAUCUUUUGGAAAAUUACGAAUCUUACAGUAGUCAACUCCAAAAUUUACUGACAUCUUAUAAUCUAAAAGCAUUAAUAAAUAAACCAACAAGAAUAAACAUACAAAAAAACUCUCUGAUUGACAACAUUUUUACCAAUGCAUCGGAGAACGUAACAGUUUGUGGAGUGCAUUUGACAGACAUUUCGGAUCACUUACCCAUAGUUGCAUGUUUCAAGCAACAAUUAGUGAGAAUAGAAUUUGAAAACCGAGAAAAUCAAUUUUCUUUUUCAAGACACAGAAUUGAUAAACUAAAUGAAAGACUGCUAUCGACCGACUGGACAGAUGUGUUACUGUGCUCAGAUGUGGAUGCUGCUUUCGAACUUUUCACCAACAUUUUCCGUGUGGCAUUUAAAGACUGUUGUCAGAUCAGCUCAUUAGGAAAGAUUAAAAAAAUUUUAAAACAAAAGCCUUGGGUAACAACUGAUUUUCGCAGAAUGCUGAAUAAAAAAAAAUACUUGUACAAAAAGUUCAUUAAAAAUUCAAGUAGUGAGAAUUUUCUGAAAUUUAAAUCACAAAGUCAAAUUUGCAACAAGGUUAACAAGCAGGCAAAAAAAGAUCAACCCUGCAUCGAUCACAGAUAA